AUCUCAUUCACCCCAAUAGCCGCUGAUUACCAAGGACAAGGGACGGCCCAAAGACGAAGUACAACGGUAACACACAAGACAUGUCCAAGAUCCCGAUUCCUGAUUUACGGUUUGAGUCCUCAUUCAGAAAGUCUCUGAACACCGAGUACUCUAAGGCUGGCAUCAAUGCAUCCACAGAGUCCGUGGACCGCUAUACAAACGCAAUGGUGAUCACAAAAGUCAUAAUGAGGGACUUGAUCUUCAUGCCACUCAUACAAGGCUUCAUAUUUUCAUCGCUAAUGAUACUGGCUAGACCAUGGCUGGUCAAAGUCGCACGCAAUGGAAGACAAUUUGGUGUUGCGUUCUUCCAAUCCUUAGGGCUUAGACCCAAACCCUUAGCCUGAGACUAUGUAUUAGUCCUGCCGACACGCCCAGUACAUGUCUACACCUUUUGUUGAUGAAUUUUAUAAUGGAUACGUUUUUACAUUUCAAGACCAAUCGGCAC